AUGGCGACAAGAUGGUCAAAAUAUUGUUUCUUAUGCUCCUCUGGACUCAGUAUUUUUCUUCUUGCCGUGCUAACUUUUGACGACUUCCUACUAGGUAACUUUUCAAAGCAAACAAUGAAAUCGUCCUUGCAAGUAAACAACACACAUUUGCUUGGAACUAACAACUCACAACUCAUGCAACGGGAAAGGACAAAGACAGUUUUACUCAUCUACACUGUUUUUUUCCGGACAGCAAAGUGGAUAAGAGAUCGUGAUUGUGGAUUUGAAAACAAGUUUUUAUUUGCCGCAAAUAAAUGUCUCUCAGGUGAUUUCGAAUUGACCUACGACAAACAACGGCUUGAGGAAAGCGACUUAGUCGUGUUUCACGCUAGAAACAUGCCAAGUGUAGAUCAUCUAAGAACGCUGCUGAAAAACAGGUCCACUUCACAGCGCUGGGUAUAUGCUUUGUGGGAAAGUCCAAAUGCAACACCAAAUCCUGAUCCAUUAAACGGGCUGUUUAACUCAACGUGGACUUACAGAAGCGAUUCAGACUUCUGGUCGCCAUAUGGAAGUUACGAGGAACUGACUGAAGAAGAAAAAUUGAAUAAAGUAAGAAACAUACCCGACUAUUCCCAAGGAAAAACUGAACUUGCGGCUUGGGUGGUUAGUAAUUGUGGCGCUCAACCUCGAAAGGCUUUUGUCGAAACGCUGAGAAAAUACAUCAAGGUUGAUGUGUUUGGGAGGUGUUCCGGAAAAUUUGGGCAACGGAGAGGUUGUGGAAAUCUAACGGCUUGCCUUAAAACGUUUAAGUUUUAUCUGGCAUUCGAGAACGCUUUAUGUGAAGAUUACAUCACGGAAAAAUAUUGGGGAAGGCUCGGUAAGACCCGUGUGCUUUAGUUUGAAUUUUAGCCCAUUUUUAUAGUCAAAAAUCGAAUUUCUUUAAUUCAUAGUACGGUUUCUGGGGCAUCUUUGCAUGUCUUAAGUCACUGACAAAGAUUCUUUUAUCAUUACAAUGAUGAAAGAGGAUUUUAGUGGUAUGUAAUUCAUGUAAGACUUCAUAAAUUCCCAUGUCAUAAUUUGGGGGAUGGGUAGAUUUGCGGGGGGGGGGUGGGUGGGGGGGAUCGGUGACAAUCAGGGGGGUUGUACAAAAGAGAGAGUCUCCAGGUUUUUUAUCUCCAGAGGUUGGCAUCUUUGUUUCCGAGAGUAGCGGAACAUCUGGAACAUCUGCGUGGCAAUCAGGCUGUAUUUGUCCAGAGGGAGUGUUUCCGGGGGUACUCCCUAUUAUCGCCUAUACCUGUUGGCUCCGCCCUAAUGGGGUACCUUAUCAGGCUUCUGGUAUAUGAAAGGGUAGGGGUUUCACUAGCUGAAGUAUGUGAAUGGGUGGGGAAAUCUGUCAUUUCAGUUGUAAAAAGGCUCAAAAGGGCUGACAGAUCAGAUACAUUUUAUGUCUCAUGUGAAAAAGUCGAGAGAACGUUCUGUUUUUGUAGUUUAUUCAUAUUUUAAAGACAGUGAAUUUACAUCUGCAAUUAAAAUGGAUGGAAAGUCCUAAGCUACUAGUUAUGUGAAAGGGAUACCACUUGUCAAUGGAAGGUAUACGAAAGGGGUACCUUUCCUCUCAAAAAUUCCCCUAUAAAAAGGACAAGGGCUGGAUCUCGGUGCGAAGCCUCCAAGCAACAAACAAAAACCUGUCAGCAAAACCUACAGACCUAAACAUGAUAUUUUCUGCCUUUUUAAUAGCGUUUAGUUUUCCUUUUUGAUAUCUUAUACUUCGAAUGCGCUCAUAGACAUGGUGGAAAUUCUAUUUUCGCGGGAAAAACGUGCUCUAAAAUGUGUAUAAAAAUAAACUGGUCUGUAAAAACUCCCUGACAUAGGCCUAGUUUGGGAGUUACUCGCUCAAGGUUAUGGGCUCCUGAAUUGUGGCAUUUUAAAAUACUUGCUAGCCUAACGGUUUUUUAAAUUUCCUGUUUUCCUGAUUUUGUGUAUGUUUUCUUCUCUAACUGGCAAUACUAUGACUGAAAAUAACUACUGCCUGCGGGCCAUGAUACAGACCCUCUAACUGGGACAGAUUUCUGGGACGGUUAUUAGAGGGUGACCGCUUAAUACAGAUGCACAGCAUUGGUAAAUAGCAUUUCAGCCAUGGGCGUCUACCAUUUAAAGAGGGUCGGGAUACAUCGAUAACACUGAACACUUCAUUUUUUGGUUUUCUAACAUGAAACAGUUAAAGUUUGGGCAUUUUAACAACGACCGUAAAACAUUCUUUCAAACAGUAAAUUUUCUCCAGAAAGAAGAAAAAACGGCCCCAAAAAGGCCAAUAUUAUUUUGUUUAGUAUAUCAAGGAGUUUUCGGCCAUUUUAGGACAAUUUAUUUCAGAUUUCCGAAGGCUACCGAAGAUUUCCGAAGACUCCCGAAGAUUUUCGAAGGCUAACGAAGAGGUCCGACCAUUGCCGAAGAUAUCCGAAGAACCCUCCAAACACUUAACCGUACUUUCUUCGGAACAGCAAACAUUAAAUACUUGGCCAAUUGAACAGCAAACACUAAAAAUUAUGGGAGAAUAAUAUUUAACACUAAACCCCAUUCAGACCCUCUUAAAAUAUUGCACAGUUUGGUAGUUUUCAGAACAUGAUUAGAUCUUUUUUUUAUUCCAGGUGAUAUGAAUGUCAUCCCAGUUGUGAUGGGAGGUGCCAAUUGCUCCAAGCUGGCUAUUCCGGGGUCUUACAUCAAUGUUAUGGACUUCAAAACUGUUAAACAACUGGCAGAAUACCUUCAGUAUCUGGACAAAAAUAACACUGCUUAUAAUGAAUACUUUAAAUGGAGACUAAAAUACAAGGUGUUUCGAGGCGACCUUGAUUUAUCAAUGUGUCAAAUAUGUAAAUGGUAUGUUUCAAAAUCUCCCCUUGAACCGAAAGUUUAUGGUGACCUUAGAACGCACUGGCUGAAGAAGGGACGAUGUAAUGAGAAAAAUCAUCUUAUCCAAAAUAUGUGGAAAGACGAAUGAUUCCUCAGAAAUGAUCAUAUGAUAUUACUACACAUUUACACUUCUUUCAAAUGCAAAGAAAUGUAACAAUCAUGACUUGAAGGUACUUUUAAUUUAGAUAAGACACUUUGUUGGUUAUGUGACUUAGUCUGCUUCACGGCUGCUCUUUGUGUCGGCAAACAAAUUCUCCUCCCCACAGACGGGUCACGAUCAGCAGCCGUUUUGGGGGAGGAGCGUUGCGUGACGACACGAAGACCGGCUGUGAAGCAGACCCGUGACACUUACUCUUCGCUUUUUAAUAGCACGGGCGUAACGAGUCAGUGGAUAAGAGGCGACUGAAUUCGCAGGGGAGUCUGCAUCACGCCGAAAAGAGGAAAGGCUACAGGUGUACUGUGGCUCUGAUCAUGCGCAUUGGCUCGGAAGUCGGAAGUGGGAAGUGGGAGGUCCGAAAGUCUGAACGGUCAGAAAUCAGAAAUCCGGAGUUCGCACUUUGUCAAGUCUGAAGUCUAAAGUUUGAAGUAUGAAGUCUUAAGUCUGAUUUCUGAAGUUGGAAGUCGGAACUCAGAAGUCGGAAGACCCUCCGCGGCUUUCGUACAUACAUGAUAAAUACUUGUAUUCUAGGUAGAACGCAUUUCGUAGAGCGGUCAAUCCAUUUAAUUGAAGAGCAUUGACUAUUAAUAAUCACACGAGUUCAGGCUUCAGCAGUAAUCAUUGAUCGUUUAUUGCGACAGUGCUGUUUCGUAUGGUCCGAAAUUGUAGGACCACACUCAUCAGGCAACUUCAACGAUUGACCGUUAAAAUUAAAAGCUGGCAGUAAAUAUAGGGAUGCGUUAAGAGAUGGUAUCUAUGUAACAGAUGGAUUGUGUCUUACUGAGUUACGUUACUCUAGAGUUCUGAAGUACAGAUCUGUUUCUGUGGGGGCGUGAACUCGCCAUUUCGUUUCGCCUGUUUAGGCUACAAAGCUCUUUUUUACAAAUGAUGAUGAACUUUUCAUAAAGACAAAGAUUACACAUUUUUUGCCAAUGUUGCUAUAGGGUUUACAUUUCUUUAAACCUUUCCAUUUUAUCUGGAAAUGUUUUUUAGAGUCUUGUAAAGUCCAAAUACAUUUUGAGAGUUCCGUUUCAUUUCUUCCGUUCGAGCGUCGAAAGGAGGACUGAUGGUUUCUCUAACGUUCCUUAAAGUUUGUUGCCAGUCCGACGUAAGUUUCAGUUGUCGUCGCUGUAGUUACAGUGGCUUGGUAGAUUACAUUUGAUUGGAGGCAUUUUCCUUCGAGUGGACAAUCUGGUUUUUUUCUGCAAUUGCAGAAUACAUACAACCACACACGCACACAUACACAUAAACACACACACACAUACAUACAUCUAGCCGGAUUUUUUAAAGCGUUAUCGCCAAAUGGACCUUUUGCGUCCAACAGUUUUUUUCGGCCAGAAAUAUCUCUCCAAAGUAGCCAUCCUGAAAAAAACAACAAGAGUGCAACCAUUGCUUUUUUCUUUUCUCCACCUUUCCUUCUCCUCACUCUUUGUUUUUCUGCUUUCCUUUUCUUUCGUUACUGUGAUUUUGGAGCUUUUCGGGCUUACGAAACCUUCUUUUUGACGCCUUUUCACUCAAAUGACUGCAAAUUUCGUUGGUUUUCUAAAAGUCAGUUAGACACCCGGGGGGCACUUGGGUAUUUUUUGGGUGGGUAUGUGCCGCUCGGGACUCCAAAUUGGCACCCCGUUCUAAAAAAAAAUUCCUCUAAAAUUGAUACCCCGUUCUAGAAUUCGCCCUAAAACUGAUACCCCGUUCUAGAAAUGGGCCAAUUUUUUAUACUCCGUGCUAGAAAGUUUGUCAAUUGAAAUAGCCCUGUUUUUCAAAAAGAUAUUUCUUUAUUUAUUCGACUUAUACAUUAAAUAAAUGCUUCUUCAUAAUCAGCAACAAUUUUAAGCAGAAGAUAAAUGGCUGCUUACAAAAUGACUGGAGCUUUCGUGCGUCCGAAGUAUUAUACCCCGUUCUAGAAAACGCCUCUGAAAUGGAUACCCCGUUCUAAAUCAGGAGCUUCAAAAUCACGCCCCCGUUAGGCGGCACAUACCCGUAUUCUUGGGUUGCACGUGACGUCACCAAAAGUCAAACUCAGAAACUAUCGAUUCUUCUGAGUUUCUACUUUCACGGGCUAUUACAGUACCUAAACACCUUUACAUAAACAAAUUUUCGGUUCGAAAGGGUUCUUCGUUUUGCGAGAGAGGACGCUUGAAUUUCCAGGCUUUUGCGUGACGCGGCAUUUAGCUGGCGGCCGGGAAAGCUCUUAUGUGGGUUAAAAACAUUACCGAUUUUGGGAGAUUUUGCAAUCUAAACAUUCCUUGUCUCAGAAUAAAUAUUACUGUAAUCUUUAUGAGUUCCUCAAGCGAAGAAUUCACGCGUUAGUAGGAAAACUCGAAAACAGAUGUUUCUGUUGGUAUCCGGCGGCCAUAUUGGUGUUCCUGAAAGGGACACCAACAUGGCGUUUCCAUACAAAGCUCUAUAAAUUUUGGUAAACCGUUUUUCCCAAUAUCUCGCAUUUGAAAUGUUUCACAGACCUGAUUCUUGGCAAGAGUUUUUUGUAUAUUUAUCUUUUUUCAUUUCCCAGAUUCUAGUCCUUCUGUUGUGUAGGGAACUGGGGCGAGUUUCAAAUUCAAACUCUUUAAAAUAUUUUUCAGUUUUUCUGUUAAACUGUAAAAUUUGUCAUGCAUCUUCUACUUGGAAGGAACUAAUUCGAAAAUCACUAUGUUUGCCCCUUUUCAGGAAUAUCACAGAAAUUGUGAAAAAAUUAAGAGUUUAUAUGGUUUGGGGGGACGCUGUAACAAAAUUACAGACGUUUGUAUGGAUUUUUAACCAUGUUUCAAGAGUUAUAACUUGAUCCCUGUUCAACCUUAGAGCACCAAGCUUGGUCAAAUAACCAAUCUCAACAUGGCCUUUUAUUUGGUGGUGUCAGUUGAUCGAUAAGUUGAACUUUGAAACUCGCCCCAGUUCCCUACGCAACUCCCAAAUGGCCAAUUUAAAAGGCUGGUUUACGCGCCACCAGAUUUGUCACCAAGAUUUACUUGUCGAACACAAAUAAUCCGGCCUGAUUUCUUAUUUUGGCCUCCCUUGUAGACAGAGGAAUGCAACGUGUAAAUUUUUGGCUGCUACUGAGGACUAUCGGGUGUUGCAUAAAAUUAUAUUUCGGGGGCUGUCCAAUUAUCCACAGUCUCUCCAACGGAGUGGUUGGAGAGUAUGAAUUAACCUUAUAAAAUAAACGUGGUGUAGGUGGGCGACUGGGUUAUUUUGUUUGGAAAGAAUUUGUUUUCCAGGCCUAAUCUUACAGACGUUGUUUUAUUUUUCUUUUCGUUGUUUUGGAAAACAUCGGCGAGUGAACGCGGAACGCGAAAAAGAAAAAUAUUUUCUUCUUCCCCCGCCCCAGCCCCACCCCAGCCCCCCUUCUGUAUUCUACGCAGUGUAUUAAAACACGGAUUGAAUGGUUAAAACGUAUAAUUGCAGCUGUAAUAAGAACAUGCAUCUUAGGUGAUGCAGCAACAUUUAUAAAUAAAGAUUGUAGAGCAUGUUUUAUUUGGAGAUAUUUUUAUUGUGCCUUUCUUGGGUCCAGCCUUGGGAUGGACAGCAAUGUGCAGUGUCAUUGUCAUUGUUCUUCUUUCUUUUCUGGAGAAAAAAUGGUGUCUUUCUUUUCUUCAGAAAAUAAGAACCUAUUUAAGAACUUUAAUAACGUAAAUUUGUGCUGGUUACCUUUUAUGGAAGAACCUGUUCAGAGUAACUUGGAAAAAUACAGGUGAUUAUCACUCCAACUGCAAUGUAAUGCUGGUAUGCAGAUGUAUUGCGUAAGAGUUAGCUGAAAACCAGUAAAUACUCUUCGCUAUAAUGUACAAUGUCAAUGUUCGUAUUUUCUGAAGAAAAAAUAGAAUUUUUUUCUUUUUUUUUUCUUCAGAAUAUAAGAAGCUAUCUAUUAAAUAACCGUAUUAGCCUAAUUAUCAUUUAUGUAAGAACCUGUUCAGGCUAACUUGCAUGGGAAAUGCAGCUUCUCUGUCGAUUCGCGAAUUUUACUCUUAAGAGUAGUAUUGCUUUUCUUUUAUAUCAUGCUAAUUAGCCCUUUUCGCCUGACUACACUUGCAAAAUUGAAAACAAUUUAUAUCUUGAAACGAGUUGUCGAGGGUCAAAAUUAUCAUUACGACACUAUAGAAUUAUAACAAAAUUUGCCGCCAUUUAGAAUAAGGUGUAUAGCGGUUGAGUUCAAGAAUUUCCCUUGGCCAAGGGCUUCGCUUAAGCCCGGUUCCAUUUAUCCUAUGCCCUGUUUUCGUCAUUUAAUGACGAUGAGUCUUUCGUCAUUUGAUGAUGUAUACUCUUCCACUGAUGAGGUAGCCUCCCCGCAGACGUCCUUUGGGGUUCGUUCGUCACGCUUUUAGGCUCGCAGCUCUAGGCUAUUGAGUAACAGCGCUUACCAUGUGUGAAAGUUCCCUGCUGUUUUGCAUAUGCAACUGUACCCAGUAUCGCCAUAUUUUUCUUCGUUAUCGUUUAAAAUGGCGACAAGAUGGUCAAAAUAUUUUUUCUUAUGCUCCUCUGGACUCAGUAUUUUUCUUCUUGCCGUGCUAACUUUUGACGACUUCCUACUAGGUAAGUUUUCAAAGCAAACAAUGAAAUCGUCCUUGCAAGUAAACAACACACAUUUGCUUGGAACUAACAACUCACAACUCAUGCAACGGGAAAGGACAAAGACGCUUUUACUCGUCUACACUGUUUUUUUCCGGACAGCAAAGUGGAUAAGAGAUCGUGAUUGUGGAUUUGAAAACAAGUUUCUAUUUGCCGCAAAUAAAUGUCUCUCAGGUGAUUUCGAAUUGACCUACGACAAACAACGGCUUAAGGAAAGCGACUUAGUCGUGUUUCACGCUAGAAACAUGCCAAGUGUAGGUCAUCUAAGAACGCUGCUGAAAAACAGGUCCACUUCACAGCGCUGGGUAUAUGCUUUGUGGGAAAGUCCAAAUGCAACACCAAAUCCUGCUCCAUUAAACGGACUGUUUAACUCAACGUGGACUUACAGAAGCGAUUCAGACUUCUGGUCGCCAUAUGGAAGUUACGAGGAACUGACUGAAGAAGAAAAAUUGAAUAAAGUAAGAAACAUACCCGACUAUUCCCAAGGAAAAACUGAACUUGCGGCUUGGGUGGUUAGUAAUUGUGGCGCUCAACCUCGAAAGGCUUUUGUCGAAACGCUGAGAAAAUACAUCAAGGUUGACGUGUUUGGAAGGUGUUCCGGAAAAUUUGGGCAACGGAGAGGUUGUGGAAAUCUAACUGCUUGCCUUAAAACGUUUAAGUUUUAUCUGGCAUUCGAGAACGCUUUAUGUGAGGAUUACAUCUCUGAAAAAUAUUGGGGAAGGCUCGGUAAGACCCGCGUGCUUUAGUUUGAAAUUUAGCCCAUUUUUAUAGUCAAAAAUCGAAUUUCUUUAAUUCAUAGUACGGUUUCUGGGGCAUCUUUGCAUGUCUUAAGGUGACUCGACCCAGUUUUUUUGGAGGGGUACCAUCCUACUUUGAAGCUCUCGGGUAUCCCCACCUUUACUUUUAUCGUAAGUCUAACACAUAGAAUAGACAACAUAUAGAUCAAUCUACAAUAUAACAUAAAAAGUUUUGGCGAUCGGAGUAAAUGCACGGUGGUUAUAAUGCCACGCCCUUUGAGGUCUGAGUCGAAAAUCUGCUGUUGCCGGCAUUUUUUCGUGAAAAUCUCUCGGCUACACAUAGUGCGCAUUAGUGUCUUGCGCUGAACAGAGUUUCACCAAAAUCGCAAAGACCCAAUUCGAGAAAUUCAGCGGUUUCCAAAUUUAGGUCAUAAUUUAUGCGAAAAUGAUAAGCAAACUUUACACGGAUUAUAUCUAAUAAACUAUGAGAUUCAUCUCUUUAUUUUGGGCAUCGUUAUAACAGAUGGGUCCUUGCAAGUCAGCAAAACGCUUUAGGGCCUUGUAAAUGCGCGCGAUUACGAGCAAAGUUAACAUAUAGAAAUUACAGUUUUCGCUAUUUGUUGACGUUUGUCAGCGUUUAAGAGUCCUUCUCACGAAAAAAGCAUUUUCUUAAAAAUUCGUAGUUUUUUUUCCUUCCAAUUUUUUCAGGGCCACAAUUGAUUAACCAACUACCCGGACUCUGAAUAUCAUGGUCAUUGAAAAACUGUGACAUUAUCUUCUAUAAGCCCAAACUUGAGUAAACAUUGAAGAUUUUUAGCGUUUUGGCUGAGUUUGUGCUUUGGGAGUUGUCUAUUGUUUCUAGCCUGUCAUUAUACAGCAUUCUUGUUCAGCACGCGUGCAAUGACCGCGCUUGGCUGACUUCCGAAUGCUCACCGAGAUAUUCCCGUCACGAGUUGGUUUAAUUAUUGGCUUGCAUUAAACCUAUGAAAAAAUGAUAUUUUUUUAAUAGUAAGUAGAUUUAGUGUGUAGCACUUCUUUUUGCAAAGGCACAAGAAGCACGAGAAUUGAUUAAAAAUUGCGAGUUAAACCUCUAUGUAUCACGCGAUGGCCUGUCUCACUGUACCAAAAUUAUCAGAUCUAGGUGAGCAUUCGGAAGUCAGCCAAGCGCGGUCAUUGCACGCGUGCUGAACAAGAAUGCUGUAUAAUGACAGACUAGAGACAAUAGACAACUCCCAAAGCACAAACUCAGCCAAAACGCUAAAAAUCUUCAAUGUUUACUCAAGUUUGGGCUUAUAGAAGAUAAUGUCACAGUUUUUCAAUGACCAUGAAAUUCAGAGUCCGGGUAGUUAGUUAAUCAAUUGUGGCCCUGAAAAAAUUGGAAGGAAAAAAAACAACGAAUUUUUAAGAAAAUGCUUUUAUCGUGAGAAGGACUCUUAAACGCUGACAAACGUCAACAAAUAGCGAAAACUGUAAUUUCUAUAUGUUUGCUUCGCUCGAAAUCGCGCGCAUUUACAAGGCCCUAAAGCGUUUUGCUGACUUGCAAGGACCCAUCUGUUAUAACGAUGCCCAAACUAAAGAGACGAAUCUCAUCGUUUAUUAGAUAUAAUCCUUGUAAAGUUUGCUUAUCAUUUUCGCAUAAAUUAUGACCUAAAUUUGGAAACCGCUGAAUUUCUCGAAUUGGGUCUUUGCGAUUUUGGUGAAACUCUGUUCAGCGCAAGACACUAAUGCGCACUAUGUGCAGCCGAGAGAUUUUCACGAAAAAAUGCCGGCAACAGCAGAUUUUCGACUCAGACCUCAAAGGGGCGUGGCAUUAUAACCACGUGACAUUUACUCCGAUCGCCAAAACGUUUUUGUUAUAUUGUAGAUUGAUCUAUAUGUUAUCCGUUCUAUGUGUUAGACUUACGAUAAAAGUAAAGGUGGGGAUACCAGAGAGCUUCAAAGUAGGAUGGUACCCCCCGCAAAAAAAACUGGGUCGAGUCACCUUAAGUCACUGACAAAGAUUCUUUUAUCAUUACAAUGAUGAAAGAGAAUUUUAGUGGCAUGUACUUCAUGUAAGACUUCAUAAAUUCCCAUGUCAUAAUUUGUUGGAUGGGUAGAUUUGUGGGGGUGGGGGGGGGGGGGAGUCGGUGACAAUCAGGGGGGUUGUACAAAAGAGAGAGUCUCCAGGUUUUUUAUCUCAAGAGGUUGGCAUCUUUGUUUCCGAGAGUAGCGGAACAUCUGGAACAUCUGCGUGGCAAUCAGGCUGUAUUUGUCCAGACGGAAUGUUCCCGGGGGUACUCCCUAUAAUCGCCCCAUACCUGUUGGCUCCGCCCUAAUGGGGUACUUUAUCAGGCUUCGGGUAUAUGAAAGGGUAGGGGUUUCACUAGUUGAAGUAUGUGAAUGGGUGGGGAAAUCUGUCAUUUCAGUUGUAAAAAGGCUCAAAAGGGCUGACAGAUCAGAUACAUUUUAUGUCUGUGAAAAAGUCGAAAGAACGUUCUGUUUUUGUUUUUUAAACUACUAGGUAUGUGAAAGGGAUACCACUUGUCAAUGGAAGGUAUACGAAAGGGGUACCUUUCCUCUCAAAAAUUCCCCAUAAAAAGGACAAGGGCUGGAUCUCAAGGCGAAGCCUCCAAGUAACAAACAAAAACCUGUCAGCAAAACCUACAGACCUAAACAUGAUAUUUUCUGCCUUUUAAUAGCGUUUAGUUUUCCUUUUUGAUAUCUUAUACUUCAAAUGCGCUCAUAGACAUGGUGGAAAUUCUAUUUUCGCGGGGAAAAACGUGCUCUAAAAUGUGUCUAAAAAUAAACUGGUCUGUAAAAAUUCCCUGACAUAGGCCUAGUUUGGGAGUUACUCGCUCAAGGUUAUGGGCUCCUGAAUUGUGGCAUUUUAAAAUACUUGCUAGCCUAACGGUUUUUAAAUUUCCUGUUUUCCUGAUUUUGUGUAUGUUUUCUUCUCUAACUGGCAAUACUAUGACUGAAAAUAACUACUGCCUGCGGGCCAUGAUACAGACCCUCUAACUGGCACAGAUUUCUGGGACGGUUAUUAGAGGGUGACCGCUUAAUACAGAUGCACAGCAUUGGUAAAUAGCAUUUCAGCCAUGGGCGUCUACCAUUUAAAGAGGGUCGGGAUACAUCGAUAACACUGAACACUUCAUUUUUUGGUUUUCUAACAUGAAACAGUUAAAGUUUGGGCAUUUUAACAACGACCGUAAAACAUUCUUUCAAACAGUAAAUUUUCUCCAGAAAGAAGAAAAAACGGCCCCAAAAAGGCCAAUAUUAUUUUGUUUAGUAUAUCAAGGAGUUUUCGGCCAUUUUAGGACAAUUUAUUUCAGAUUUCCGAAGGCUACCGAAGAUUUCCGAAGACUCCCGAAGAUUUUCGAAGGCUAACGAAGAGGUCCGACCAUUGCCGAAGAUAUCCGAAGAACCCUCCAAACACUUAACCGUACUUUCUUCGGAACAGCAAACAUUAAAUACUUGGCCAAUUGAACAGCAAACACUAAAAAUUAUGGGAGAAUAAUAUUUAACACUAAACCCCAUUCAGACCCUCUUAAAAUAUUGCACAGUUUGGUAGUUUUCAGAUCAUGAUUAGAUCUUUUUUUUAUUCCAGGUGAUAUGAAUGUCAUCCCAGUUGUGAUGGGAGGUGCCAAUUACUCCAAGCUGGCUAUUCCGGGGUCUUACAUCAAUGUUAUGGACUUCAAAACUGUUAAACAACUGGCAGAAUACCUUCAGUAUCUGGACAAAAAUAACACUGCUUAUAAUGAAUACUUUAAAUGGAGACUAAAAUACAAGGUGUUUCGAGGCGACCUUGAUUUAUCAAUGUGUCAAAUAUGUAAAUGGUAUGUUUCAAAAUCUCCCCUUGAACCGAAAGUUUAUGGUGACCUUAGAACGCACUGGCUGAAGAAGGGACGAUGUAAUGAGAAAAAUCAUCUUAUCCAAAAUAUGUGGAAAGACGAAUGAUUCCUCAGAAAUGAUCAUAUGAUAUUACUACACAUUUACACUUCUUUCAAAUGCAAAGAAAUGUAACAAUCAUGACAUGAAGGUACUUUUAAUUUAGAUAAGACACUUUGUUGGUUAUGUGACUUAGUCUGCUUCACGGCUGCUCUUUGUGUCGGCAAACAAAUCCUCCUCCCCACAGACGGGUCACGAUCAGCAGCCGUUUUGGGGGAGGAGCGUUGCGUGACGACACGAAGAACGGCUGUGAAGCAGACCCGUGACACUUACUCUUCGCUUUUUAAUAGUACGGGCGUAACGAGUCAGUGGAUAAGAGGCGACUGAAUUCGCAGGGGAGUCUGCAUCACGCCGAAAAGAGAAAAGGCUACAGGUGUACUGUGGCUCUGAUCAUGCGCAUUGCACGAGCGUUUCAAUCUUGGGCUCCUCGAUCAAGUUUAAGCCCGCGUUGUAAGUAAACAGCGGAGGCCUUUAGGGUGAAACUGCUGACCAAAACUGUGGGGGUUUCGAACGCAUGCUAUUGACACGAAGCGCGAUUUUCUUUUCGCCGUGAAUGGGCUGUGUGCGUUUUCCUUGCUAUUCUGACAGAAAAUUGACGAACGGGACUGUUAACUGGCAGGAAAACCGUCUUAUUGUUCCGGUAAUUCUUUUUGAAGGGUUUUCAUUUUCGUCUCAACAUUCCCACUGGAAAGUUUUACCCUGAAAGUUGCCUUUUCACCAAGUGGUGCGGUGCUUUUCCUCAACGCUUCGGUUUGAUUCUCGUGAAUGAUAUCUCUGAAUCGAGUCGGUUGCCACAGGCAAAUUUCAUGUUUAAAAGCCGUGUUGCCCCAGGCUAAGUAUGUUUGAGGACCCAAACUAUAGUGGCUCGCCCUAAUUAGGCGAAAGGAUGGCUCUACUGUGGAUUCGUUUGGAGAAACUUUGGAGACGUGCAUUAUAUUGGAACCAUAUAAUCUAGACUCCUCGAUCUCUUCAGCAAAGGUUGUUUACCAGUAAUGUUUGUUUCCCAAUGAAAGAGUGUAUUUUUGGUUGGCUACUUUAAACUUUUAAGAAUGAAAGCUUAUUCGUGCAUUUGGAUAAAGGUUACUUCCUCGUGCGGAAGGAGAUUAGGUAUUUGCAUUUACAGCAGAGCCAAGUGAUGUUGUCGUCUUUUCAUCGUUAGAGCGGGAAAUUGAGCCAGUUGCCACAAGUGAUUUUUCAUCUUUCUGUGUAGGUAAUUAAUUGUACUGUUUUAAUAAAACGAAUUUGAAGUCAUAGCGGACCUAUGGGUCGCGCCUGGUUCACUCAAAUGUUUAUGUUGUUGAAAAAUUUAAAAAAAUAUCCAUUGCGUAAGCGAAGAGAUCAUGUUGCAGCACUUGUUGAUUCCCUGUUGUGAGUGUUUCUCAAGUUAACGUUGGUCAUUUAAAAGAUAUGAAAAUGUGUUUACAGUGUGUUUAAAGAAUCUUUGCAUGAUGAAGAAUUUUAUUGGAAUCAAUGGGCAAAUUCCCCUUGGAUAAAGUUUAUUUCCCCUCCCCACCCCUUGACCUAUUUUCUUGAUUGCCUUCUUAGCUCCUGAUGAGACAAGGCUUUCAACAUUUUGCUAGCAUGUGAUGCUUAUUGUUUUUGACUGAUGAGCUCAUCAUAAUUUAUUAUCUUAAUGAUCAUAAAAAUUAAUAUUUAAAAUAAAUAGAGAAAAACUAGUUGGGGUCCUCUGUAUUUAAACCAGAAGAAGUGAUAGGAGUGUGUGGUGCACUGGUAGCCAGGCUAAAGAAAUGAAGAGAAACUUAAAUCAUGGUGUCAGAUAUUUUUGCAAUGCCAAGUAAUAGAAAAAAAAAAGCAAAGAAAUAUGAAAAAUGUAUUUGUAAAAAAUGCUUUUUUAAAAACCAGCGAUGUAAAUACAACCACUGCCUUGUCAACCUACAGUACACCCCACCCCCUCUCCACAUCCCAAAAGAAUGAAAUAUACUGUUUCGAUUCCUUGAAUUAUUGCCUACAGCAUUGGGCUGCUGUGUGGUUUGUGAAUUACUGCUGACAGUGAUUAUUGAACUGAUAUGUGGUCAUUGAACUACUAGAUGUUGCUUGCUCGUUUGUUAGUUUUUUUUUUACAUAUUUUUCCAGGUCAUGUUCUUAGAAUGGAAUGUCAUUAUGUAUGUUUACUGAACUCGUGAUGUGGGUACUGAACAAUUUGCCUUCAUUAGACUGAUCAAAAAAACUGAACUUUUAUGAUGUGUAGCCAAAAUCUGUGUUAAAGUAGGUAUAUGUUAAUUGGUUUUUGUCUUCUGUAUUUUGUAGCAAGGACGAUAUUAGGGCACAGAAUUGAUUUAGCAGUUCAAUUAUUAGUUUGCAACAUAAAGAAUUCUAUAAAUAAGUGAAUGAUGGUGUAUAAAGACCUAUAAAAUACUUCUUUCAACAUUUUUGUGCUUUAGGAUGUGGUAUGCGGACCGCAGAGAAAACGCUAAAAUUUUCAAAUUCACAAAUGUUGAACACGAUUAUCAGAUUGAUUAAAUUUUGUUGGCGUUUAAUUUGAAAAAGAAGUAGGCGCUUCUUAUUCACCUCAAUUCAGUGGUGUGCUGUUACAUUUUUGACCCAAUAAGCUGCGUAAAUAAAGUUCAACGUCGUCUGCGCUUGAAGUAUUUGGUGACCGGAGUUGUUGGAUCCGGAUCAUUGUGGAGGCCCUGAAGCCUUGCAAUGUUACAAGUAGGUUGCAAAGGUUGUUUAGUCUAUGUUUGAGUUCUGUAUUUUACUAAAAAUAAUUUUCUUCCCUUGGUUUUCAACUUGUCGACAAAUUCACACGGCAUCUGUGUGCGAUGACGUUCCAUCGAGAGUUUAGACAUGUGGAAAAGCCUAUUGUAGGCCAACCGGAAGAGUUUGAGGUUUUGCCCAGCUAUAAGCACUUUGUUUAGACAAGGUUUCCCCCUUGAGUUUGCUAGCUUGAAGUAUUUUUCAUUUGUCGGUCUACUAUCUCGCCACUGAGUCAAAUUCCGCCGACACGAAGCACACAACGACUCAUCACCUAGCAUUUUCCUUUAUUUAUAACGUUAAAGCAUGCACAUACGUCUUCGUGAAGUUCCUUUGAGAAUUUGAACCACCGAGAAGACGACUUGCAACUACACACGUCAUAUUUCACAAGACAUUUAAACUUUUUUGAAAAUUUCCCUCGCAGCAGACAGCAAGCAAACAAUAACAAGGACUCUGAAAGGGGUUUCUAUGAAGCACUCGUCGCACCCAGAAAUUUCCCGCCAACAGCCAUUUUUGCGUGCGCAUAUUUUUUUUUUUAUACCACGCUGUCACGAAAAAGAACUGAUCGCCGUAUUUAAGUUGCCCACCUGAAACGCUCGUAUUUGGCUCGGAAGUCGGAAGUGGGAAGUGGGAGGUCCGAAAGUCUGAACGGUCAGAAAUCAGAAAUCCGGAGUUCGCACUUUGUCAAGUCUGAAGUCUAAAGUUUGAAGUAUGAAGUCUUAAGUCUGAAGUCUGAAGUUGGAAGUCGGAACUCAGAAGUCGGAAGACCCUCCUCGGCUUUCGUACAUACAUGAUAAAUACUUGUAUUCUAGGUAGAACGUAUUUCGUAGAGCGGUCAAUCCAUUUAAUUGAAGAGCAUUGACUAUUAAUAAUCACACGAGUUCAGGCUUCAGCAGUAAUCAUUGAUCGUUUAUUGCGACAGUGCUGUUUCGUAUGGUCCGAAAUUGUAGGACCACACUCAUCAGGCAACUUCAACGAUUGACCGUUAAAAUUAAAAGCUGGCAGUAAAUAUAGGGAAGCGUUAAGAGAUGGUAUCUAGGUAACAGAUGGAUUGUGUCUUACUGAGUUACGUUACUCUAGAGUUCUGAAGUACAGAUCUGUUUCUGUGGGGGCGUGAACUCGCCAGUUCGUUUCGCCUGUUUAGGCUACAAAGCUCUUUUUUACAAAUGAUGAUGAACUUUUCAUAAAGACAAAGAUUACACUUUUUUUGCCAAUGUUGCUAUAGGGUUUACAUUUCUUUAAAACUUUCCAUUUUAUCUGGAAAUGUUUUUUAGAGUCUUGUAAAGUCCAAAUACAUUUUGAGAGUUCCGUUUCAUUUCUUCUGUUCGAGCGUCGAAAGGAAGACUGAUGGUUUCUGUAACGUUCCUUAAAGUUUGUUGCCAGUGCGACGUAAGUUUCAGUUGUCGUCGCUGUAGUUACAGUGGCUUGGUAGAUUACAUUUGAUUGGAGACAUUUUCCUUCGAGUGGACAAUCUGGUUUUUUUCUGCAAUUGCAGAAUACAUACAACCACACACACACACAUACACAUAAACACACACAUACAUACAUACAUCUAGCCGGAUUAUUUAAAACGUUAUCGCCAAAUGGACCUUUUGCGUCCAACAGUUUUUUUCGGCCAGAAAUAUCUCUCCAAAGUAGCCAUCCUGAAAAAAACAACAAGAGUGCAACCAUUGCUUUUUUCUUUUCUCCACCUUUCCUUCUCCUCACUCUUUGUUUUUCUGCUUUCCUUUUCUUUCGUUACUGUGAUUUUGGAGCUUUUCGGGCUUACGAAACCUUCUUUUUGACGCCUUUUCACUCAAAUGACUGCAAAUUUCGUUGGUUUUCUAAAAGUCAGUUAGACACCCGGGGCACUUGGGUAUUUUUGGGUGGGUAUGUGCCGCUCGGGACUCCAAAUUGGCACCCCGUUCUAAAAAAAAAUUCCUCUAAAAUUGAUACCCCGUUCUAGAAUUCGCCCUAAAACUGAUACCUCGUUCUAGAAAUGGGCCAAUUUUUUAUACUCCGUGCUAGAAAGUUUGUCAAUUGAAAUAGCCCUGUUUUUUAAAAAGAUAUUUCUUUAUUUAUUCGACUUAUACAUUAAAUAAAUGCUUCUUCAUAAUCAGCAACUAUUUUAAGCAGAAGAUAAAUGGCUGCUUACAAAAUGACUGGAGCUUUCGUGCGUCCGAAGUAUUAUACCCCGUUCUAGAAAACGCCUCUGAAAUGGAUACCCCGUUCUAAAUCAGGAGCUUCAAAAUCACGCCCCCGUUAGGCGGCACAUACCCGUAUUCUUGGGUUGCACGUGACGUCACCAAAAGUCAAACUCAGAAACUAUCGAUUCUUCUGAGUUUCUACUUUCACGGGCUAUUACAGUACCUAAACACCUUUACAUAAACAAAUUUUUGGUUCGAAAGGGUUCUUCGUUUUGCGAGAGAGGACGCUUGAAUUUCCAGGCUUUUGCGUGACGCGGCAUUUAGCUGGCGGCCGGGAAAGCUCUUAUGUGGGUUAAAAACAUUACCGAUUUUGGGAGAUUUUGCAAUCUAAACAUUCCUUGUCUCAGAAUAAAUAUUACUGUAAUCUUUAUGAGUUCCUCGAGCGAAGAAUUCACGCGUUAGUAGGAAAACUCGAAAACAGAUGUUUCUGUUGGUAUCCGGCGGUCAUAUUGGGGUUCCUGAAAGGGACACCAACAUGGCGUUUCCAUACAAAGCUCUAUAAAUUUUGGUAAACCGUUUUUCCCAAUAUCUCGCAUUUGAAAUGUUUCACAGACCUGAUUCUUGGCAAGAGUUUUUUGUGUAUUUAUCUUUUUUCAUUUCCCAGAUUCUAGUCCUUCUGUUGUGUAGGGAACUGGGGCGAGUUUCAAAUUUAAACUCUUUAAAAUAUUUUUCAGUUUUUCUGUUAAACUGUAAAAUUUGUCAUGCAUCUUCUACUUGGAAGGAACUAAUUCGAAAAUCACUAUGUUUGCCCCUUUUCAGGAAUAUCACAGAAAUUGUGAAAAAAUUAAGAGUUUAUAUGGUUUGGGGGGACGCUGUAACAAAAUUACAGACGUUUGUAUGGAUUUUUAACCAUGUUUCAAGAGUUAUAACUUGAUCCCUGUUCAACCUUAGAGCACCAAGCUUGGUCAAAUAACCAAUCUCAACAUGACCUUUUAUUUGGUGGUGUCAGUUGAUCGAUAAGUUGAACUUUGAAACUCGCCCCAGUUCCCUACGCAACUCCCAAAUGGCCAAUUUAAAAGGCUGGUUUACGCGCCACCAGAUUUGUCACCAAGAUUUACUUGUCGAACACAAAUAAUCCGGCCUGAUUUCUUAUUUUGGCCUCCCUUUUAGACAGAGGAAUGCAACGUGUAAAUUUUUGGCUGCCACUGAGGACUAUCGGGUGUUGCAUAAAAUUAUAUUUCGGGGGCUGUCCAAUUAUCCACAGUCUCUCCAACGGAGUGGUUGAAGAGUAUAAAUUAACCUUAUAAAAUAAACGUGGUGUAGGUGGGCGACUGGGUUAUUUUAAUUUGUUUGGAAAGAAUUUGUUUUCCGGGCUUAAUCUUACUGUAAUCGAAGAUGAUUGAAGCCUGUACACAGACGUUGUUUUAUUUUUCUUUUCGUUGUUUUGGAAAACAUCGGCGAGUGAACGCGGAACGCGAAAAAGAAAAAUAUUUUCUUCUUCCCCCACCCCAGCCCCCUUGCGCUGGCGGUCAAUAAAUCCCUCCCGGUUUAUUUUUUAUCACACGCGCUCGACGGACUUUGAAGAGAAAAUAGAUGGUCUGUGAACAGGCUAAGAUGAUUACUAUUUUUGGGUGUACUUGUAAGACUAUUAACUUGAUGUAAAACUGCUUUGUUUGACUCUUGGACCGUCAAAAUGUUUUUCUCUAAAAGCAGUUAGCCUUUCCCUUGAAAAUCACAUGAUACGAUUUCAUUGUAUCGAUCAACUGAACCUUUUAAGAUACUGUGGUACGUAUCAAAGUAAACAGAAGUAAAGAGAAACCAAGUUGAUUCUUGCAAGUACAAUUGAUCAGUGUACGGUUGACAUUCGCUACAAUGACUGUAUAAAGCUUAUAAAACAUCAUACGUCAUCUUUGUACCCUUUACUAAGAACGGUUUAUUCAAACUUACAAAUGUGGACUUUCUCCUAAAGGUUUCUGUAUUCUAAGCAGUGUAUUAAAACACGGAUUGAAUAGUUAAAACGUUUAAUUGCAGCUGUAAUAAGAACAUGCAUCUUUGGUGAUGCAGCAACAUUUAUAAAAAAAGAUUGUAGAGCAUGUUUUAUUUGGAGAUAUUUUUAUUGUGCCUCUCUUGGGUCCAGCCUUGGGAUGGACAGCAAUGUGCAGUGUCAUUGUCAUUGUUCUUCCUUCUUUUCUGAAGAAAAAAUGGUGUCUUUCUUUUCUUCAGAAAAUAAGAACUUAUUUAAGAACUUUAAUAGCCUAAAUUUGUGCUGGUUACCUUUUAUGGAAGAACCUGUUCAGAGUAACUUGGAAAAAUACAGGUGAUUAUCACUCCACUGUAAUGUAAUGCUGGUAUGCAGAUGUAUUGCGUAAGAGUCAGCUGAAUACCAGUAAAUACUCUUCGCUAUAAUGCACAAUGUCAAUGUUCGUAUUUUCUGAAGAAAAAAUAGAAUUUUUUCUUUAUUUUUUUCUUCAGAAUAUAAGAAGCUAUAUAUUAAAGAACCUUAUUAGCCUACAUUUGUGCCAAUUAUCAUUUAUGUAAGAAUCUGUUCAGGCUAACUUGGGAAAUGCAGCUUCUCUGUCGAUUCGCGAACUUUUACGCUUAAGACUGCUUUUCUUUUAUAUCAUGCUAAUUGGCCCUUUUCGCCUGACUGCACUUGCAGAAUGGAAAACAAUUUAUAUCUUGAAACGAGUUGUCGAGGGUCAAAAUUAUCAUUACGACACUAUGGAAUUAUAACAAAAUUUGCCGCCAUUUAGAAUAAGAUGUAUAGCGGUUGAGUUCACGAAUUUCCCUUGGCCAAGGGCUUCGCUUAAGCCCGGUUCCAUUUAUCCUAUGCCCUGUUUUCGUCAUUUAAUGACGAUGAGUCUUUUGUCAUUUGAUGAUGUAUACUCUUCCACUGAUGAGGUAGCCUACCCGCAGACGUCCUUUGGGGAUCGUUCGUGACCCUUUUAGGCUCAAUAUUAUUGAGCGACAGCGCUUACAAUGUGUGAAAGUUCUCUGCUGUUUUGCAUAUGCAACUGUACCCAGUAUCGCCAUAUUUUUCUUCGUUAUCGUUUAAAAUGGCGACAAGAUGGUCAAAAUAUUUUUUCUUAUGCUCCUCUGGACUCAGUAUUUUUCUUCUUGCCGUGCUAACUUUUGACGACUUCUUACUAGAUAAGUUUUCAAAGCAAACAAUGAAAUCGUCCUUGCAAGUAAACAACACACAUUUGCUUGGAACUAACAACUCACAACUCAUGCAACGGGAAAGGACAAAGACGCUUUUACUCGUCUACACUGUUUUUUUCGGGACAGCAAAGUGGAUAAGAGAUCGUGAUUGUGGAUUUGAAAACAAGUUUUUAUUUGCCGCAAAUAAAUGUCUCUCAGGUGAUUUCGAAUUGACCUACGACAAACAACGGCUUGAGGAAAGCGACUUAGUCGUGUUUCACGCUAGAAACAUGCCAAGUGUAGAUCAUCUAAGAACGCUGCUGAAAAACAGGUCCACUUCACAGCGCUGGGUAUAUGCUUUGUGGGAAAGUCCAAAUGCAACACCAAAUCCUGAUCCAUUAAACGGGCUGUUUAACUCAACGUGGACUUACAGAAGCGAUUCAGACUUCUGGUCGCCAUAUGGAAGUUACGAGGAACUGACUGAAGAAGAAAAAUUGAAUAAAGUAAGAAACAUACCCGACUAUUCUCAAGGAAAAACUGAACUUGCGGCUUGGGUGGUUAGUAAUUGUGGCGCUCAACCUCGAAAGGCUUUUGUCGAAACGCUGAGAAAAUACAUCAAGGUUGACGUGUUUGGAAGGUGUUCCGGAAAAUUUGGGCAACGGAGAGGUUGUGGAAAUCUAACUGCUUGCCUUAAAACGUUUAAGUUUUAUCUGGCAUUCGAGAACGCUUUAUGUGAGGAUUACAUCUCUGAAAAAUAUUGGGGAAGGCUCGGUAAGACCCGCGUGCUUUAGUUUGAAAUUUAGCCCAUUUUUAUAGUCAAAAAUCGAAUUUCUUUAAUUCAUAGUACGGUUUCUGGGGCAUCUUUGCAUGUCUUAAGGUGACUCGACCCAGUUUUUUUGGAGGGGUACCAUCCUACUUUGAAGCUCUCGGGUAUCCCCACCUUUACUUUUAUCGUAAGUCUAACACAUAGAAUAGACAACAUAUAGAUCAAUCUACAAUAUAACAUAAAAGUUUUGGCGAUCGGAGUAAAUGUCACGUGGUUAUAAUGCCACGCCCCUUUGAGGUCUGAGUCGAAAAUCUGCUGUUGCCGGCAUUUUUUCGUGAAAAUCUCUCGGCUACACAUAGUGCGCAUUAGUGUCUUGCGCUGAACAGAGUUUCACCAAAAUCGCAAAGACCCAAUUCGAGAAAUUCAGCGGUUUCCAAAUUUAGGUCAUAAUUUAUGCGAAAAUGAUAAGCAAACUUUACACGGAUUAUAUCUAAUAAACUAUGAGAUUCAUCUCUUUAUUUUGGGCAUCGUUAUAACAGAUGGGUCCUUGCAAGUCAACAAAACGCUUUAGGGCCUUGUAAAUGCGCGCGAUUUCGAGCAAAGCAAACAUAUAGAAAUUACAGUUUUCGCUAUUUGUUGACGUUUGUCAGCGUUUAAGAGUCCUUCUCACGAUAAAAGCAUUUUCUUAAAAAUUCGUAGUUUUUUUUCCUUCCAAUUUUUUCAGGGCCACAAUUGAUUAACUAACUACCCGGACUCUGAAUUUCAUGGUCAUUGAAAAACUGUGACAUUAUCUUCUAUAAGCCCAAACUUGAGUAAACAUUGAAGAUUUUUAGCGUUUUGGCUGAGUUUGUGCUUUGGGAGUUGUCUAUUGUUUCUAGCCUGUCAUUAUACAGCAUUCUUGUUCAGCACGCGUGCAAUGACCGCGCUUGGCUGACUUUCGAAUGCUCACCGAGAUAUUCCCGUCACGAGUUGGUUUAAUUAUUGGCUUGCAUUAAACCUAUGAAAAAAUGAUAUUUUUUUUAAUAGUAAGUAGAUUUAGUGUGUAGCACUUCUUUUUGCAAAGGCACAAGAAGCACGAGAAUUGAUUAAAAAUUGCGAGUUAAACCUCUAUGUAUCACGCGAUGGCCUGUCUCACUGUACCAAAAUUAUCAGAUCUAGGUGAGCAUUCGGAAGUCAGCCAAGCGCGGUCAUUGCACGCGUGCUGAACAAGAAUGCUGUAUAAUGACAGACUAGAGACAAUAGACAACUCCCAAAGCACAAACUCAGCCAAAACGCUAAAAAUCUUCAAUGUUUACUCAAGUUUGGGCUUAUAGAAGAUAAUGUCACAGUUUUUCAAUGACCAUGAAAUUCAGAGUCCGGGUAGUUAGUUAAUCAAUUGUGGCCCUGAAAAAAUUGGAAGGAAAAAAAACAACGAAUUUUUAAGAAAAUGCUUUUAUCGUGAGAAGGACUCUUAAACGCUGACAAACGUCAACAAAUAGCGAAAACUGUAAUUUCUAUAUGUUUGCUUUGCUCGAAAUCGCGCGCAUUUACAAGGCCCUAAAGCGUUUUGCUGACUUGCAAGGACCCAUCUGUUAUAACGAUGCCCAAACUAAAGAGACGAAUCUCAUCGUUUAUUAGAUAUAAUCCUUGUAAAGUUUGCUUAUCAUUUUCGCAUAAAUUAUGACCUAAAUUUGGAAACCGCUGAAUUUCUCGAAUUAGGUCUUUGCGAUUUUGGUGAAACUCUGUUCAGCGCAAGACACUAAUGCGCACUGUCUGUAGCCGAGAGAUUUUCACGAAAAAAUGCCGGCAACAGCAGAUUUUCGACUCAGACGUCAAAGGGGCGUGGCAUUAUAACCACGUGACAUUUACUCCGAUCGCCAAAACUUUUAUGUUAUAUUGUAGAUUGAUCUAUAUGUUAUCCGUUCUAUGUGUUAGACUUACGAUUAAAGUAAAGGUGGGGAUACCAGAGAGCUUCAGAGUAGGAUGGUACCCCCGCAAAAAAAACUGGGUCGAGUCACCUUAAGUCACUGACAAAGAUUCUUUUAUCAUUACAAUGAUGAAAGAGAAUUUUAGUGGCAUGUACUUCAUGUAAGACUUCAUAAAUUCCCAUGUCAUAAUUUGUUGGAUGGGUAGAUUUGUGGGGGGUGGGGGGAGUCGGUGACAAUCAGGGGGGUUGUACAAAAGAGAGAGUCUCCAGGUUUUUUAUCUCAAGAGGUUGGCAUCUUUGUUUCCGAGAGUAGCGGAACAUCUGGAACAUCUGCGUGGCAAUCAGGCUGUAUUUGUCCAGACGGAAAGUUCCCCGGGGGUACUCCCUAUAAUCGCCUAUACCUGUUGGCUCCGCCCUAAUGGGGUACUUUAUCAGGCUUCGGGUAUAUGAAAGGGUAGGGGUUUCACUAGUUGAAGUAUGUGAAUGGGUGGGGAAAUCUGUCAUUUCAGUUGUAAAAAGGCUCAAAAGGGCUGACAGAUCAGAUACAUUUUAUGUCUGCGAAAAAGUCGAAAGAACGUUCUGUUUUUGUUUUUUAAACUACUAGGUAUGUGAAAGGGAUACCACUUGUCAAUGGAAGGUAUACGAAAGGGGUACCUUUCCUCUCAAAAAUUCCCCCAUAAAAAGGACAAGGGCUGGAUCUCGGGGCGAAGCCUCCAAGUAACAAACAAAAACCUGUCAGCAAAACCUACAGACCUAAACAUGAUAUUUUCUGCCUUUUAAUAGCGUUUAGUUUUCCUUUUUGAUAUCUUAUACUUCAAAUGCGCUCAUAGACAUGGUGGAAAUUCUAUUUUCGCGGGGAAAACGUGCUCUAAAAUGUGUCUAAAAAUAAACUGGUCUGUAAAAAUUCCCUGACAUAGGCCUAGUUUGGGAGUUACUCGCUCAAGGUUAUGGGCUCCUGAAUUGUGGCAUUUUAAAAUACUUGCUAGCCUAACGGUUUUUUAAAUUUCCUGUUUUCCUGAUUUUGUGUAUGUUUUCUUCUCUAACUGGCAAUACUAUGACUGAAAAUAACUACUGCCUGCGGGCCAUGAUACAGACCCUCUAACUGGCACAGAUUUCUGGGACGGUUAUUAGAGGGUGACCGCUUAAUACAGAUGCACAGCAUUGGUAAAUAGCAUUUCAGCCAUGGGCGUCUACCAUUUAAAGAGGGUCGGGAUACAUCGAUAACACUGAACACUUCAUUUUUUGGUUUUCUAACAUGAAACAGUUAAAGUUUGGGCAUUUUAACAACGACCGUAAAACAUUCUUUCAAACAGUAAAUUUUCUCCAGAAAGAAGAAAAAAAACGGCCCCAAAAGGCCAAUAUUAUUUUGUUUAGUAUAUCAAGGAGUUUUCGGCCAUUUUAGGACAAUUUAUUUCAGAUUUCCGAAGGCUACCGAAGAUUUCCGAAGACUCCCGAAGAUUUUCGAAGGCUAACGAAGAGGUCCGACCAUUGCCGAAGAUAUCCGAAGAACCCUCCAAACACUUAACCGUACUUUCUUCGGAACAGCAAACAUUAAAUACUUGGCCAAUUGAACAGCAAACACUAAAAAUUAUGGGAGAAUAACAUUUAACACUAAACCCCAUUCAGACCCUCUUAAAAUAUUGCACAGUUUGGUAGUUUUCAGAACAUGAUUAGAUCUUUUUUUUAUUCCAGGUGAUAUGAAUGUCAUCCCAGUUGUGAUGGGAGGUGCCAAUUACUCCAAGCUGGCUAUUCCGGGGUCUUACAUCAAUGUUAUGGACUUCAAAACUGUUAAACAACUGGCAGAAUACCUUCAGUAUCUGGACAAAAAUAACACUGCUUAUAAUGAAUACUUUAAAUGGAGACUAAAAUACAAGGUGUUUCGAGGCGACCUUGAUUUAUCAAUGUGUCAAAUAUGUAAAUGGUAUGUUUCAAAAUCUCCCCUUGAACCGAAAGUUUAUGGUGACCUUAGAACGCACUGGCUGAAGAAGGGACGAUGUAAUGAGAAAAAUCAUCUUAUCCAAAAUAUGUGGAAAGACGAAUGA